GCUGGUUUUUCUUUUACAUUUAGUUUUGUUGUUUGUUAUAGUGAAAUGAUCAGUAAUUGCACCUAAAGGGUGUAGCGUAUUUCGGUAUAUGUGGUGGUGGCGGGGGUAGAAUGUAUCUGUAGAAUUAGUCGAGUUGUGCACAAGCUGGCCCAAAGAACAACUGGUUUUGAAUAGAUGUAAAGUCAUUGUUACUUUUAAUGGGUGAUAUACUUUUUACAUUGUGGAGUGUCAUUAUAAGAUUUAGUUGUAUGUGGUUGUCAAUAGGCAUUGAUUUAUUAUGCAUAUUUUUGCCAUUUGUUGGAAAUUGUUUUAUACUUUUUGAUACUUUUGUUGGUUGAUUGAUCAAUUUGAAACAAAUGAACCAAACACUAUGACCAUACUCAGAGUUGAGUACUCUUUCUUGAUAAAUUGGUUGCUUGCCUUUUGAAGCUUUUUCCUUUUAAGAAAAGAAAGAUGGAGGCAAAAGUAGAAAGGUUCCCUAUAAUUGUAUCAUCAUUUGGAACCAAGAUCUUGUGAAAGCUGCCAAUGUCCUAAAUCCAUUGAACUUAUAUUGUGUUGCAAACUUUCCCACCAUAAAUAGGCUCAUCGUUACAGUGUCAUGGCUGAUUAUGUCUUCUGUCUUCUCCUUCUGUAAUUGAUUUCAAGUAUCUUACAUUAUAAACAACCCCUCAUGAUGUAUAAUCUUUAUCUCGCGGGCUUUGGUUGUCUUCAGACUUAACUAGUUCAUAAAUUAGUAGUCUGAUAACCAAGUAAAACUUAGAAAUGAGGUCAAUGCUAAAGAGAAGAGAAGCAACUCCCAAGUCAGUACUAAGGUUAAUGGGAUUGAAGGGCUUGACAUUGUAUCAUUUGAAGAGUCAUUUGCAGAAGUAUAGACUUGGACAGCAGACCAAGAAACAAAAUGCAGCAGAACAAAACAGAGAGAAUAUUGCAGGGGAGUCGUUCAGACAAUUCAGUUUGCAUUCCUCAGGACCGAGUAUCACUUCAUCAAGCAUGGAUGGUAUGCAAGGAGAAGCUCCAAUUAGUGAGGCGCUGAGGCGUCAGAUUGACGUCCAGAAAAGAUUACAUGAGCAGCUUGAGGUUCAACAGAAGCUGCAAAUGAGAAUAGAGGCACAGGGAAAGUAUUUGCAAGCAAUACUAGAUAAAGCUCAGAAGAGCCUGUCCACUGAUAUGAACUCUGCUAGUGCUGUAGACGAAACAAGAGCUCAGCUUACAGAUUUCAAUAUAGCUCUCUCAAACCUAAUGGACUACGUGCAUGGACACAACGAGGAUGAAACUUCUACAGGUAAAGGGAUACAAGAUGAUACUAAUAAGGAUCUACAAAGAUCUACAUACUUAACGGAGGGAGAACAAAAGAAGAUUAUGAAUAUUAAGCUUGAAGAAAGUUCUGUUAGCUUCGAUUUGAACUCCAGAAGUAGCUAUGACUUUAUUGGCAUGAACUCAGCUGCAUUGGAAGCCAAACAAUUUUCUAAUGGAAGAUUGGAAAUAUAAUCAUACAAGGUCAAGAUUCUGUAUUUUACUCUAAAGUGUACUAGGAAUCCAGAGUAUAACUUGUUACAUGGAGCUCUUAUUCUAGAUUUUAUUGCCCUCUAUCUAUGUAAUUAUUUCAUUUGUUGCAAGGAAGGGAUAAUUUGUAGUACAGGGAAUUGGUGAAGCUCUUAUUGAAGAAAUGUUUUAGCAAAUCUAUAACAUCUUUUUUAA